AUGGCACCACUAAACAAGUCCAUCAACACCUACCACUGCAUUCAGGGCCUGUACUGGAGGAAUGCCUCUGGUGAACUCCUAGCGGUCGAAGGCAGUAACUCCAAGUCCUUGCCAGAAAUCUGGACACAAUUAAAGGAUAUCGUUUGUUCCACAGAGAGGCAAUGGGCUCAGCUCAAUCUUCCCUCUGGCAAGUCCAUCAAGACUCUCCAGAUUACAACCAAUAUCCCUGCUCUUCUUAACAUUCGUUCGAAUUACCCUCCCUCAUAUCAACAAGAAGAGCUCUGUACCCAAGUAUCUGAGAUCGAACACGAGAAUGGUCUCUUCUUGGGUAUGCUGACAUCGAGGCCGAAGUCUGUCAAAGCCGACGGCUUCGGGGUAUGGGCAGAGCGCUUCAUUCUUCUAGAGACCGAGUUCCAGCCAUUUGCGAACAUCUCAGCAUCGACGACGCCAUGGGCAGCAAAACACCGAGAAACAUGUGCAACAAUAGCCAAUAUCUUCGAACGUAGACUCAAAAACGUGUCCAGGGACGACCAAUGGCAUGUCUGUGGAAAAGAAGCUUUCUUGAACCGCGUCUACGGCUACGUCGACAAGAACCUUCCCAUCCAGCUUGCCUUACCUGCCUUCCCUUGCAAAUCGCCCAAUCCGAACAAAGUUGGGGGUAUCAUGCCCGAUCUAGCUGAGCAUAUUGCCAUGGACGCACUCCAUGACUUCGUCAAGGAGGUCAAUACGGUUUACGAGCCUGGUGCGACCAUGUGGGUUAUCAACGAUGGCCACGUGUUCUCCGAUUGCAUCGGUGUUGACGAUGAGAUGAUCGACACAUACGAUGCUUGCAUGGCUGCGAUAUACAAGGAGCGCUAUCCGGAAGAUGUUGGCCCUGUCCCGACCAUCAAGUUCAAGGGCCUGAAGAAUAUCUUCUCUGCUGACUCUGAGGGCUUCCAAGGUCUCCAAAAGCUGCUCUUGAACUCUCAUCAGAUGCCGCACCCUGUGAAGACCAAACUCACCGGUGAUGCCGAGCUUUGUCGCAAGCUGAUGUUGGGGAUUGGAGGACCUGACCGUGCGUAUAUCCGUCAGUUGAUCGAAAAGCAGGAGCCCGACGCUCUUGGUCUCUACCGCGGCCAGACUCGCUUCAUGUUGGAGGACCUUGCAGACAUCCCUUCAGUCAAGUCGCUGAGUGGCAAACAAAAGAAGAAGACAGCUGCUCUUGUCGCUGAAGAAAUGAUGUCUCGCAACCAAGCCUACUCAAACCUGACUGAGCUUCUGCUUCCCAACUACGUUCGUCUGUCCAUCCACGCGCACAACAAUGCAGGCCCCAAAUUCGCUAUCCGUCUUUUACCAGCAAACAUGGUUCGCGCAAUCGACUCUCUCGAGACGCGUCUCGAGCCAAAUCCGGUCUACGAAUACCAGCUUCCUACACCCUGGCACAACUGCAUGAUCAAGGUAGAGGGCGACGAGUUCAUGUAUCUGGCUAAGGCUCAAGUGGCCAGAAAAGCACUGGAAAGUCCAGACUUCGAUGGCUCUUGGGUUGACGGUCCAGAUGGAUCGUACUUCAGUUUGAAGCGCAAAUCGGCCGCAACGAAGGAUGCUGUUACGCUUCCCGAGCUUAUCAUCCCGGGAUCUACCCCCACAGAGAAGAUCAGCGUCUUCAAUCAGAACAAGAAGAGCACGAUUGUGCUCGUCACACCCAUCACCGAGAAGAAGCGACCCAUUAUCAUCUGUUCGCCUGUCGUUGGCAAGAACAGCCCGAUUGUGGUCACAUCGCCCACCGCAGACGGACAGAGACCCAUCGUCAUCUGCUCGCCCGUUGGUCGCAAGCAGGCCAUGUUCUCACCGAUCGCUGAUAAGAUGCGCUCUCCUGUCGGUUCGCCUAUUGUGCGUAGGAAGACGUCCGUUAUCGCCUGCGAUCCCGCCGCAGACAAGGGUACUUCCGUCACCGUCUCACCCAUCGACCCGAGUCCUCUUAGGCGCCAGGAUACGCAUUUUGUUCAAUCGAAGGAGAAGAACAGGUUGCGCAAGCUCAUUCCGGUCAUCUCCAUGCUUCGUUCGAUUCGGUCGCAAUCUUAG